ACCGACAUUUUACUUCCUCAUCCGAUGGAAGGUUGCAGCAGAUGGGAAUCGAACCCAGAAUCAUCCGCUUACAAAGCGGACAGCGUAACCAUUCGGCCACGCACUUGUCCAACUAAAGAAACGUAAUCAUUGACCUUCUAGCAAUUCAGUUUUCUUCCAGAUGCUGUGGAACGGGUAUUCUUCUGCAGUAAUCUGUCUGCUUUGUUCGACCUACGUCGAAGGGUUACCAGUUUUCCGGAAUCAAUGCAGGGAAAGCUGCGAUAAGCUGAACAUUGAGUUUGAUGACCAAACAAGAACCGCAGCCAUCAUUUUGUGAAACAACAUCCGGAGCUGGCUCUCCGCCAAACGACAACGAGAAAGCCAACAGCCUUGAAUGUAAAGAUUUUCAGACAAACGAUACUCUUGAUGAGAUAUCUGUUAAAGAAGAAACACUGCCAGUCGAAGUUCAAGUUGACGCCCAACCAGAUGAGGACCCUACAGAAGAUGCCCGAGACAUGCUCAAUAGGGUUCGGUGCAAAUACUGGAAAAGAAAGCCAAAGCAAUGCGAGUUGUGCGGUAAAACCGUGCUCGACCUCAAAAGUCAUAUCAACAGCCACUACAAAAACAAGCCGGAAGCGUGUGAUUUUUGCUCGAAACGCUUCACCAACCGAAAUCAGUUGCUGAUGCAUCGAAACAAACACACUCGGGAGAGGAAAUAUCCGUGCUCGUACUGCGGUGCUGUUUACGACACGUGGCCGGGUAAAAACUAUCACGAGAAAACUCACAUCGCCGAAAUCAACAACAUUUCCAACACGAUUGCGAUCAGUGCGAGGCCACGUUUAGUGUGGAGAAAAAUCUCCGAAACCACGUCAAAUUCAAGCAUCUCAAUAUGCGUAAACUGCAAUGCCUCGACUGCGAUUUCAGUACAAUUGCCAAAGUACGCCUGCUGAACCACGCGCGCAGCAUCCACAGCAAGGAGCGUCCGUUCCAGUGUCCGUACUGUAGCUUUACCUCAAACAGCAACACCGGCUACUUCAUCCACUUAAAGAGCGGAGAAGCGACCGAGUAUCGCAUCAAGUGCGGGUAUUGUGAGGAAAUGUUUUCCAAAGACGCCGCCUUGGAAAAGCACAUUGUUCGGGACCAUCCGGAUCGGGCGAUAACGAACAAUCGCAAACACGGAAACAACGUAAACAAAAAGUUGUAAAAAAAUUGUUAAGAACAUUGUUGAAUUUCGCGCUAUUAAAAAUAAUUCAAAGUGAACAAAAAAA